AUAGUUAUCGUAUUAUUCUGCUAAUUGUGCAACGUGUUUGAGCCAAGCGAAGAGCAAAAGACUUAAAAUGAAAGUAGAAGCAUUGGACAAAUUCUGGACUGACAAGAGCCGCUACGAUGUCGCCGAGAAGCGAUUCUACGAGGGCCCCCUGAAGGUAACUGAUCGCAGCCACAACAGCCCUUUAGUAAGCGAAAUCGCAAAGGCUAGGGAACACAUACAGAACUCGCUGGAAAAGAUUGAUGGAGUUACCCUGGACGAUGGCUCGAAAUCCGAGCUUGCCAGCCGCCUGGCUCAGCUGGAAAGUGAAACCAAGGAGUUGAAAUCCCAGGUUUCCUCGUUGAACCAACUUUUAAGUGCCGUGGUUAAGCGAUUAGACUCUGCCGAACCCAAGUUGAAUUUGACGAACGGAGAGUCAAAGAAGCCAGAAGCGGAAUCGAAGAAAACAGAAGACGACGACGAUGAUGUCGAUCUUUUCGGUUCGGAGAGCGAGGAGGAAGAGGAGGAGGCAGCGCGCAUCCGCGAGGAACGAUUGGCCGCCUAUGCCGCCAAGAAGGCCAAGAAAGUUGCCAUUAUUGCCAAGUCCAACAUCAUCCUGGAUGUCAAGCCCUGGGACGAUGAAACCGAUCUGAAGGUAAUGGAGACUGAAAUCCGCAAAAUUACCCAGGACGGCCUUCUGUGGGGAGCUUCCAAAUUCGUCCCCGUUGCCUUUGGCAUCCAGAAACUCAGCAUCUCGUGCGUGGUGGAGGACGAUAAGGUUUCCAUUGAUUGGCUGACUGAGGAGAUCGAAAAACUGGAAGACUUUGUCCAAAGUGUUGACAUUGCUGCAUUCAACAAGAUCUAAAGAGUAUACAUAUAUUUUUUUAAUUCAGAUUCGGAUUUACCUCAUUACGAAUGUUUUUGGGAGUCAUUUAAAUAAAUAUUUUGAUAAAACAAACA